AUGAGUUCUCUCUUGGAACGACUUCAUGCAAAGUUUAACCAAAACAGACCUUGGACUGAAACGGUGAAGCUUGUCCGUCAAGUCAUGGAAAAACGGGUUGCGAUGAACUCUGGGGGCCAUCAACAUCUGGUGAGCUGUUUGGAGACUUUGCAGAAAGCAUUAAAAGUAUCGUCUCUGCCUGCCAUGACAGAUCGCUUGGAGUCUAUAGCUAGACAAAAUGGCCUUGGAUCUCACCUUAGUGCAAAUGGCACUGAAUGUUACAUCACUUCAGACAUGUUCUAUGUGGAAGUCCAGUUAGAUCCUACAGGGCUGCUGUGUGAUGUGAAGGUGGCGCACCAUGGAGAAAAUCCUGUGAGCUGUCCAGAACUGGUGCAACAGCUGAGAGAGAAAAACUUUGAUGAAUUCUCUAAGCAUCUAAAGGGACUUGUGAACCUUUAUAAACUUCCUGGAGACAACAAACUUAAAACUAAAAUGUACUUGGCUCUUCAGUCUUUGGAGCUGGAUCUCUCAAAGAUGGCAGUGAUGUACUGGCAAGCCACCAACGGAAGUCUCCUCGACAAGAUUCUUCAUGGCAGUGUUGGGUAUCUCACCCCAAGAAGUGGAGGUCACCUGAUGAAUCUCAAGUAUUACGUUUCGCCCUAUGAUUUAUUUGAAGAAGGCACUGGAGCCCCCAUUAUUUUGCAUGAGAACAACGUCCCUCGGUCUUUGGGCAUGAACGCAUCGAUAACAAUAGAAGGAACCUUGGCUAUGUACAAACUCCCAAUUGCACCAUUAAUUAUGGGAUCUCAUCCUGUUGACAACAAAGGGACUCCAUCCUUCUCAUCAGUCACCAGUGCCAACAGUGUUGACUUGCCAGCUUGCUUCUUCUUGAAGUUCCCACGACCUAUUCCAGUAUCCCGGGCUUUCAUUCAGAAACUGCAGAACUGCACAGGAAUCCCAUUGUUUGACACCCCGCCAACGUUUGUCCCCCUGUAUGAGCUGAUCACGCAGUUUGAGUUAUCCAAGGAGACCGAUUCUGUACCUUUAAACCACAACAUGCGCUUCUAUGCAGCUCUUCCAGGACAGCAGCACUGCUAUUUCCUGAACAAGGAUGCUCCUCUUCCAGAUGGAAGAAGCCUGCAAGGAACUCUCAUUAGUAAAAUCACCUUCCAGCACCCUGGCCGGGUUCCUCUCAUCCUCAACUUGAUCAGGCAUCAAGUGGCCUACAACACACUGAUUGGCAGUUGUGUCAAGCGAACUGUUUUAAAAGAAGAUUCUCCUGGGAUCCUGCAAUUUGAAGUUUGCCCCCUCUCCGAUUCCUGUUUCAGUGUAUCCUUUCAGCAUCCUGUGAAUGACUCCCUGGUGUGUGUGGUCAUGGAUGUGCAGGACUCCACACAUGUGAACUGUAAACUAUAUAAAGGGCUCUCUGAUGCUCUCAUCUGUACAGAUGACUUCAUUGCCAAAGUUGUUCAAAGAUGUAUGUCCAUUCCUGUGACGAUGAGAGCCAUUCGUAGAAAGGCAGAAACCAUUCAGGCAGAUACACCAGCCCUGUCCCUUAUUGCAGAGACAGUAGAAGACAUGGUGAAGAAAAACCUGCCCCCCGCCAGCAGCCCAGGGUACGGCAUGACCACAGGCAACAACCCAAUGAGUGGUACCACUACACCAACAAACACUUUUCCGGGGGGGCCCAUCACUACCCUGUUUAACAUGAGCAUGAGCAUGAAAGAGAGGCAUGACUCGGUGGGCCAUGGGGAGGACUUCAGCAAAGUGUCUCAGAACCCUAUUCUCACUAGUUUGUUGCAGAUCACAGGGAAUGUGGGGUCUACCAUAGGUUCAAGUCCAACCCCUCCCCAUCACACGCCACCGCCAGUAUCCUCACCAGCAAGCAACACCAAGAACCACCCGAUGCUCAUGAACCUCCUUAAAGACAAUCCUCCUCAGGACUUCUCCACUCUGUAUGGGAGCAGCCCUCUUGAAAGGCAGAACUCUUCUUCUGGCUCCCCCAGAAUGGAAAUGGGCCCUGGGGGGAACAAGCAAAAGAAAAAAAAAUCUCGCACACCAGCAGACAAGCCCAAGCAUCAAACUGAGGAUGAUUUUCAGAGAGAGCUGUUUUCAAUGGACGUUGAUUCCCAGAACCCGAUUUUUGAUGUCAACAUGACCGCUGAUACUCUGGAUACCCCUCAUAUUACUCCAGCGCCCAGUCAGUGCAGCACUCCGCCUACUACGUACCCCCAGCCUAUACCUCACUCUCAGCCCAGUAUUCAGAGGAUGGUUCGACUUUCCAGUUCAGACAGCAUUGGAGCUGAUGUUACUGAUAUCCUUUCUGAUAUAGCAGAGGAAGCUGCCAAGCUCCCCAGCACUAAUGAGGACUGUCCACCCAUGGGAACGCCUGUAAGAGACUCUUCUAGUUCAGGACAUUCACAAAGUGCCCUAUUUGACCCAGAUGUCUUUCAGACAAAUAGUGAGAACCCGUACACUGAUCCAGCCGACCUUAUAGCAGAUGCUACUGUGAGCCCAAACAGUGACUCUUCAAACCAUUUUUUCCCAGACGGAGUAGAUUUCAAUCCUGACUUACUGAACAGUCAGAGUCAAAGUGGCUUUGGGGAGGAGUACUUCGAUGAGAGCAGUCAGAGUGGAGAUGCUGACGAUUUCAAGGGCUUUGCAUCCCAGGCUCUAAGUAGUUUGGGAGUGCAAGUGUUGGGGGGUGAUGGGGGAGAAAAUAAAUUUAAAGGAAGCAAUCAGGCAGACCUGGUUGACUUUAGUAUUAUUACAGCUGCGAGCAAAACCCUGGGGUCCUCUGACAUUAUGGAGCAUCAUAGUGGAAGCCAGAGCCCUUUACUAAGUACAGGGGAUUUGGGAAAGGAAAAGUCUCAGAAACGGGUAAAAGAAGGCAAUGGCUCUGGGAGUAGUUUAUCGGGUCCUGGGCUAGAUGGUAAACCAGGAAAACGCAGCCGGACCCCGUCCAGUGAUGGUAAAAGUAAAGAAAAGCUUCCAAAGCGGAAGAAAGCAGACAUAGAAGGGAAAUCUCCCUCUCAUAGUUCAUCGAACAGACCUUUCACCCCACCAGCAAGCUCUGGUGGGUCAAAAUCUCCUGGAAGUUCAGGCAGAUCUCAGACUCCUCCUGGUGUAGCCACUCCUCCUAUUCCAAAAAUCACAAUUCAGAUCCCCAAAGGGACAGUGACUGUUGGCAAACCUUCACACGGCCAGUAUACAACCAGUGGCUCUGUCUCCUCAAGCAGCAAAAGCCAUCACAGCCAUUCCUCCUCCUCUUCCUCCUCCUCUUCUGCCUCAGGCAAAGUCAAAAGCAGCAAAUCAGAAGGGUCGUCUGGCUCAAAGAUGAGCAGCAGCCUCUACCUGAGCCAAGGUGGAUCAGGUUCAGGUCAGUCAAAAAGCUCCACUCAGUCUGUGGGAAAGCCUGGGUCCUCCCCUAUCACCAAACAUGGCCUCAGCAGCAGUUCUGGAGGUACCAAGAUGAAGCCUCAAGGGAAGCCUUCAUCACUUAUGAACCCUUCCAUGAGUAAACCAAACAUUUCUCCUUCACAUUCUAGACCAUCAGGGGGUUCUGACAAGCUUGCCUCUCCAAUGAAACCUGUUCCAGGUACUCCCCCGUCAUCAAAAGCAAAAUCGCCUAUCAGUUCAGGUUCUGGGGGCUCACAUAUGUCUGGGACUGGAUCGGGGUCAAAUAUGAAGUCCUCUUCAGGAAUGGGAUCCUCUGGGUCCAUGUCCCAGAAACCACCUCCUUCAUCAAACUCUUCUGCAGCAUCUUCAUCUUCCUUUUCAUCUGGUGGUUCUUCCAUGUCUUCAUCUCAGAACCAGCAUGGAAGCUCCAAGGGCAAAUCUCCAAGCAGAAACAAGAAGCCAUCCUUGAUUGCAGUCAUAGACAAACUUAAACAUGGGGUUGUUACUAGUGGGCCUGGAGGUGAAGACCCAAUGGAUGGACAGAUGGGGCCAAGUUCCAAUUCCUCAAGCCAUUCUUUGUCCUCCAAACACAACAUGUCUGGAGGCGAAUUUCAGGGGAAGCGGGAGAAGAGUGACAAAGACAAAUCUAAAGUCUCUGUUUCUGGAGGAUCUGUUGACUCUUCCAAGAAGACUUCGGAUUCCAAAAACAUUGGUAGUACUGGAGUGGCCAAGAUUAUCAUCAGCAAACAUGAUGGUGGUUCCCCUAGCAUAAAAGCCAAAGUAACCUUGCAGAAACCUGGGGAAGGAGGUGGGGAUAGUUUAAGGCCUCAGAUGGCUUCUUCCAAAAGCUAUGGAUCCCCUCUGAUCAGUGGGUCUACUCCAAAGCAUGAACGCUGCUCACCCAGCCACAGUAAGUCACCAGCAUACACUCCUCAAAACAUAGACAGUGAGAGCGAGUCUGGCUCCUCUAUAGCAGAGAAAUCCUAUCAGAACAGUCCCAGCUCUGAUGAUGGCAUUAGGCCACUACCGGAAUAUAGUUCAGAAAAACAUAAGAAGCACAAAAAAGAGAAGAAGAAAGUGAAAGACAAAGACCGUGACAGAGAUAGGGAUCGUGACAAAGAAAGAGACAAGAAGAAGUCUCAUAGCAUUAAACCAGAAAGUUGGUCUAAAUCACCUAUUUCUUCUGACCAGACUCUGUCCAUGACAAGCAGUGCUAUCCUAUCAGCUGACAGGCCAUCCCGGCCAAGCCCUGAUUUUUUGAUUGGGGAGGAAGACGAUGACCUCAUGGAUGUUGCUCUGAUUGGCAAUUAAUUUUUUUUUAAAUAAUUUUAAAAGAUCUCUAGAACCUCCCAGUGGGUUCUAGAGAUAGCAAGCAAAGAAUCGUUCAUUUCAGAAUACCACAUUUACCUUGAGGGACAUGGUUUAAAAGGAAAACAGUAUUUCUGAGGAUCUCAAAAACCUGCACAGAAUACCUGCGAGUGCCGAUCUUUCUGACUGGGAAUGGCAAACCAGUCUUCUGACUGUGGCCCCAAGUCUGCAGCCCAUUUACACACAUGCUGAAUUUUACACGUAUUAAUAGUCCUAUAAAGUCAACGGGCGUAGAGUUAAGCAUGUGGGUAAGUGUUUGGAGGAACAGACCCUAAAUUGGUGCAGAAACAUAAGUUAUUGUUGAAGAAUUAGAUUUUUCCCCCUCCCUCUCCUUUUCAU